GAUAGAGUUCUUUUCUCUUUCAGAAUGAGAAGGCUACCUCAAUGCAAAAGAAGUCUGACAAAAAUCUGCUACGGUUGGCAGAACACAUGAGAGAAAAGGAGAAACUAAACAAGUUGCAAAAGCAGCUGGAUGUCAAACGGUCACUGGAGCUGGAGAUAAAGCGUCUGAGAUGUGCUUUUAAAGUGAUGAGACUACUGGAUGAUCAAGAUGACGAUUUCGAAGUGAUGACGAAGAUGGAUGAAAUUCAAGAUAAGUUAAGGGAGAAGGAGGAGGAGUUGACGAUGCUGAAGAACUUUAUAGAGCAUUCAUUGUCGAGGAGCGGAAAGGAAUAAUGAUGAACUGCAGGAUGCUUGUUAGGAGUUAAUCAGUGUUUGAGUCUUUGAGAUGUCUAAAAGUUCAGACCAAGUGGAUUGUUGCACUGCAAAUUGGCCGAAAAAUACUCAUCCAUUGCAUGACCACCAUGAGAAGGCAUUCUUGGAGGAGGACAAAGCCUUGACAGAGUUUGAUGCUCAGUGCAAAGAUAUUAAGAAAGAGCUUGAGCCGAGUGAAGCUCCAAAGAAAGAACUUAGCAAAGAGCUGAAGCAGAGUGGAGCUCAAAAGAAAAAGCUUAAGAAAAAGACACAACUUCAAAAGAAAUUGCCACAAAUGGGUGACGAACCAGAAGGAGGCUCUAAUGAGCCUGCCACAGAACCUGGCAGUCUGAUUCUUGAUGCAAGCACUGCCUAUUUUUUGGAGGACAAACUAGCUGAAGGCAAUGGGAAGAACCUUAUGCCAGAGCCAAUUCCUUCUCAAACUCCUGAAGAAGCUGCUGUCCCUGAACAAGCUACUAUCUAUGAAGAAGAUCGACUGCUGCUCCAACUUUCCUCCACUAAACAGCUUCUUCAACUACGGGAUGAAGCGCAGGCCUCAAAUGCAGCAGAGUUAGCCAAACAAACUCUCAGGACUUGGCUUUCCAGAGACCUAGAAACGAUUUCCCCCGAUGAAAACUUUGGAGAGCUAAAGGAGGCUCUGGAAGUCCUCCAUGCUCAGAACCUGGUCCCUGAAGAACUGCUAAGGAUGCUUCGCAAAAUGUUCAUUGGCCAUUUUGGUUUUGAUGCUCAUAUUGCUGAAAAAAUCAAAGAGAAACAAGAACUCCAUGACACCACAUGGUUCUUGACUGAUCAUGAACAAGACCUGGCUAAGAUCAAACAUGGAGUAGAGAUAUGCCAAGCCUGUGAAGCUGAGCUGGAGGAAUAUGACUCGAAAAUCGGCAGGGUCAAGGCAGAAUUGGCUGCAUUGGAACAAGGAAGAGCCGGAGUUAUUAAGAAAAUUCAGGGAGUGAUGGGAGGCGUGGAGCCCAUCAAGAGGAAAUUUGAACAAGAAUCUUCUCAAGCUGAUCAAGUCAGGGCUAAAAGAUUUAAGCUAGAAGUUAAGGCAGAGUGUAUUAACGCUCUGUGGUUAGCCAUUAGGAAGGCUAUAAACAAUUAUUUUAGCUUCUAAACAUA